AAAAAGUGCUUCGGGCGUGGAACAAUAUUCUCUCUUUACAAAAAUAUUUCUAAUUUUUUUUUAUUAAUAUUUAUUCAUCUUCUGUGCCAGAGAAAUUAAAUAAAAUAAAAAAAUCCAAUUCAAAAACACCAGAACUAUGUCAAAACAUCAAAAUCAAGGAGGUCCUGGCCAAACGCAAACUUACAAAUUAGUUGUCGUUGGUGGAGGUGGUGUGGGCAAGUCUGCCAUAACAAUACAAUUUAUUCAAAGUUAUUUUGUUACCGACUAUGAUCCCACCAUUGAAGAUUCAUACACCAAGCAAUGUGUUAUCGAUGACAUUCCUGCAAAAUUGGACAUUCUCGACACAGCUGGCCAAGAAGAAUUCAGUGCAAUGCGUGAACAAUACAUGAGAUCUGGUGAAGGAUUUCUACUCGUCUUUUCGCUGAACGAUCAUUCCAGCUUCGAUGAGAUUCCCAAAUUCCAAAAACAAAUACUCCGCGUCAAAGAUCGAGAUGAAUUCCCAAUGCUGAUGGUUGGUAAUAAAUGUGAUUUGGAACAUCAACGUCAAGUCUCUCUCGAAGAAGCACAAAAUGUUAGUCGAAAUUUAGUUAUGCCAUAUAUCGAGUGUAGUGCAAAAUUACGAGUAAAUGUAGAUCAGGCUUUCCACGAACUUGUUCGUAUUGUUCGAAAAUUCCAAAUUGCCGAACGACCUUUUAUGGAGGAAAACUAUAAAAGGAAAAAUAAGAAAAAGUGUUGUUUGUUUUAGAUAGAGAAAAUCAAUAGAACAAAAAACACAAGUAUUAAGGAAUCGAGAAAAAAAAAGAGAAAAGUCUGCGUGUAAGUUUUAAACGUAGACAAAUUUUAUAAUAUUUACAUAAAAAAAAAAACAGUUUAAGCGACAUUUAUAUAUAUUUUUUUGAAUGAGAUUUUAUAAACAUACAAUAUAUUUUAAAAUAUAUAUAAAUUUAGUCACUUAAAACAAAAAACAAGGAAAAUAGAAAACAUAAUAACACCAUAAUACUUCAACAAAACACCAAUUUUUUAAAUGCAAUCGCUAUAAAGUAACAUUAGGUUAUUGUAUUAACAUGUUAGUAGACUUAUAAACUUAUUUAAAUUUUUUUUUUCGAAUAUUCAUUUGCCAACGAACAGAGCAAUAAGUUAAAAUGCAUGUUCAACAACAAACACCAAAUUAGAUUAAGAACAAAAUCUUUUGUUUAUUUUAACUUGAAACAAAAAAGAACGAAUAACUACAACGAAAGGAGUCGAAAAAAUUCAAAAAAUUAAAUAUGAACAAGAUCUUUCCCAGACUUCAUUUGACUUGAUUAGAAAACUCAGCUUUAUUUUGCAUUUUCGCUUCUAACACACCUUUAAA